AUGGCAAACAAAGUCUCACCAUCAUUUCUGUCCCUCUUAAAACACUGCAAAACCCUUAAACCCAUUACACAAAUCCACACCCACAUCAUCAAAUCGGGCCAACAUUCUGACCCAUUCAUCACUGGACACCUCAUUCUCCAAUACACUCUUGUAACCCCCAACCCAAACACAAAAACCCUGCAUCAUGCCCAUUCCAUCCUGACCCAUUUCCCUUACCCAACUUCAUUCAUGUACAACACCCUCAUUCGGGCUUUCUCCGAAUCCGAUCACCCCCGUGACUCGUUCGCUACGUUCCUCACCAUGUGCCGAAACAACGUCCAGCCCGAUAGCUUUACUUUCUCAUUUGUACUUAAAACAGCUGCUAGCAUACAAUGCAGUAACAUAGGAGUUCAACUGCAUUGUUUAGGGGUGGUUUACGGGCUAGAUAAUCAUUUAUAUGUCGCGACUACGCUUAUUAGUAUGUAUUCUGAAGGCGGGUUGGUUCAGUAUGCAAGAAAAGUGUUUGAUGAAAUGUCUGAACCGAAUGUUGUCGCGUGGAAUGCUAUGAUUAAUGGGUGUGUUAGGUGUUGUGAUGUAAAGGGUGCAGAAAUGUUGUAUAGACGAAUGCCGGUUAAGGAUUUGGUUAGUAAGAAUAUUAUGCUUGAUGGGUAUAUGAAAAGUGGUGAGGUUUUGCUAGCUAAGACGUUGUUUUUUGAGGAAAUGAAUGUUACAGAUGAUGUUUCUUGGAGUACUGUGGUUGUCGGGUUUUCUCAAAACGGGUGUUUUGAUGAGGCAUUUGGUCUUUUUGUAGAGUUGCAUAGGCUCGGGUUGAGGCCUAACGAGGUAAGCUUGACGGCGAUUCUUUCUGUGUGUGCACAAGCCGGGGCGUUUGAGUUUGGGAGAGUUUUACAUGGGUAUGUAGAGAAAUCCGGGGUUGUUUGGUUACGUUCUGUGAAUAAUGCAUUGUUGGAUACUUACGCUAAAUGUGGUAAUAUUGAUAUGGCGCGUUUAGUUUUUGAAAGAAUGCCCGGGAAAAAGAGUAUUGUUUCUUGGACAACAAUGGUGGCAGGAUUGGCUAUGCAAGGGUACGGUGAACAGGCUUUAAACGUCUUUCAUCAGAUGGAGAAAUCUGGGAUUAAACCUGAUGGGAUAACCUUUGUUUCCAUUCUUUAUGCUUGUAGUCAUGCGGGUUUGACUGAACAAGGGUGUCGGUUUUUUUACAUGAUGAACAAUCAGUAUGACAUUGAACCAACUUAUGAACACUAUGGUUGUAUGGUUGAUUUAUAUGGCCGCGCUGGGGAGCUACAAAAGGCUUACAAUUUCAUAAUUGAAAUGCCAGUUAAACCGACCGCUGUUAUUUGGAGAACUCUUCUAGGGGCUUGUAGUAUUCAUGGUAAUGUAGAGUUAGCUGAGAAAGUUCAGAUAAGACUAACUGAACUAGAACCUAAUGAUUCUGGUGAUCAUGUUUUGUUAUCAAAUAUUUACGCUGUUGCUGGAAAAUGGAAGGAUGUUGCGACUGUAAGAAAGUCAAUGAGCAGUCAAAGAAUCAUGAAAAACCCCGGUUGGAGCAUGAUUGAAGUCGAUAAAAUCAUGUAUAGUUUUGUUGCAGGUGAAGAAGAAAACGAGGCCACGAAGGAGGCUUAUAAAAAGCUUAGAGAGAUUAUGUUGAGAAUUAGAGUUGAAGGUGGGUAUGUUGCAGAGGUAAUUAGGAGUGUUUUACAUGAUAUAGAAGAGGAAGAGAAAGAAGAUUCAGUAUCAAUGCAUAGUGAGAAACUAGCGCUUGCAUUUGGGAUGUCAAGAUUAUGCAAUGGAAGUAUGAUAAGAAUAGUCAAGAAUUUGCGGGUAUGCAAGGACUGUCAUACAGUUAUGAAGCUUGUUUCCAAAAUCUAUAGGUUGGAUAUUGUAUUGAGAGACAGAAGUCGAUUUCACUCUUUUACAAACGGUUAUUGCUCAUGUAGAGAUUACUGGUAAAAUGAUACAGUAAUUAUACAGAACGGUGACUUGAUAUAGUACUCUAAUUUGAC